UCUUCUCCUCUCGACCUCUCCCAAGUCCCAAGUUGCCACUGCCGUCGCCGGCCACCGCCCGUGGCCAUGGCUUCCUCCACCGCCUCCAACACGGCGGUGCUCUCCCGCCUCGUCGACCGCACCCGGGUCCCGGACCCCACACUGCAGCGCCAUGCGGUUGCGGCCUUCUUCCGCCACCUCCUCUCCCUCCCCGCGCCCCUCCCCGCGGCCGCCCACGACGCCGCCUCAGCCCUCCUCGCUUCGCCCCACCCUGCAGUCGCCGCGCACGCUGCGGCCUCCCUCGCCCGUCUCGCCGCCUCCCGCCCCGACCUCCUUACCUCGGACCUCGCUCUCCCGCUCCUCAUCGCGCCCCUCGCGGCCUCCCCGUCCCCUCGGCUCGCCUCCUGCCUCGUCAAGGCAGUCUCCGCGGUCGCAGCCUGCGCCCUCCGCUCCGGCUCUCGCUUCCCGCCCCACGACCACCCCUUCGUCCAGGCGCUCGCGUCGGGGGCUGACGGCGCGGGGGCGGAGCUGACGCGUCAGGCAGCCAGGAUAGUUGCCGAGGGGGUGGAUUGGGUGGUCGGGUUUCUGAGGCCGUUCGUGAUGUUCUCCGUGGUGAGGAAAGGGGACGCCUCAUUUGCGAGGGAUUUGAUCGGCGCACUGGCUGCAGCAGCCGUAGCAGCAGGGAAGGCUGGUGUCGCGAUCCCGGUUCUGAAGAUGCUCGAAGACAGCAUGCUGCAUUUCGGCCGAGGGGAUGAUCAGGAAGUGCGGCUAUGGCUUAGUUCUGCGGAGUGCUUGGUUGAUGCUUAUGUGGUGCUAUUGAGGAAGUUAGCUCAUGCUCAAAUGCCAACAUAUGAUGCUCAAGCAAGUAGUGUGACAUUGAUGGGAACACUCGUAUCACAGUGUUCAGUUCAUCAAAAGUUUCUGGGAAUUGAUUCAACAGUUUUUGGGUUAUCAAAACAUCUAUUCUCGGUGCAAAAGGACCUUGGCUUAUGCUAUCUACCUGAGAUUUCUGUUGUCCUUAGCUCUCUUUCUUACUCUCUCACUGGGCUAGAGUUUGAACACGAACAGCUAGCUGGCUUGAAACUUCUGAGCUUUUUGAUUGAUUGGAAAUAUGAAAAUGUGCUUGACAGUAAAGAACGAACACAACACGUCAGUGUGGAGCUUCUUUGUGUUCUGGCAGUUAUCAACCUUACCAUUUCACCAUCCAAAUCUGUUAAAGCAGUGGCAUAUCAUGUUCUGUCAAGGUUCAGCUUGUUUGUUUUAGACUUGCCGGCUUCUCAUUCAUCAGAGGAACAAGAUAUUUCAACAAGCUACCACAUAAGCAAACCUGCACUUCUUCUUCCUAAACUUCUGCAUCAUCUAUGGUCUAAGCCAUCUUCAUCAGGCUUCACUUUUAUGAAGUACACAGCUACCAAGACUUUACCUGAUUCUGGUCAGAGUGACUUGGAAGCAAGUUAUUGGACUCAUCAAAUAAAUGCCUAUCUGACCGUCCUUCGCAGAGAAAAACAUACAUUAGAUGUCUCGUCCUCAAAAAAGACAUCUUCAGGUCGAGUAGCCAUAUCAUCUCUGAUAAGCUCUGUAGCAUCUGUUUUGGUAAUGCAUCCAAAACUUGGCACUUCUGCAGCAGAAUCUUUGGCCAUGCUUGGUGCAUCAGACCCAAGAUUGGGUAUGCCACUGUUUGUAGCUAUCCUCUACUAUAGCAAGAUUCUAUGCAGCAGCGGUAAUUUUUCAACGGAAAUCUCGCUCAGUUUGCUAGAGUCAUUGCCGUCACUUGCUAUACAUGGUUUUGUUCUUCCACUAGCUCUGCAAUGGAUAGCACCAAUGCUUAAAAGGGACUCAAAUUCGGUUCUGUAUGCUAUAGCUGUUCGAUUACUCUGCAAGAUAUGGGCUAUAACUGAUUGGGCAUUUCCAAACUUACAAGUAGUUGUGGAUCCUGAGAAUUUUUCCAAUUUCAUCUCUGACAGAGAGAUCUCUGCAAGUAUUGCCACAUCAAUACGCGAUGUUUGCAAGCAGAACCCAGAUAGAGGUGUUGAUCUAAUAUUAUCUGUCUCUUUUUGUAUUGAGAGUCGUGAUUCUGUGGUUCAAGCUCUUGGCCUGGAGAGCCUCUCGUACCUUUGUGAAGCAGAUGUGGUCGAUUUCUACACAGCGUGGAAAGUUAUAUCAAAACAGGUGCUUGAUUAUUACGUGGAGCCUGCUGUUGCUCACAGUUUGUGUGUUCUGUUGAGGUGUGGAGCAAUGGAUGCUGAGGCAUAUUCUGGAAUAUCUAGUAACCUGAUAAGAACAUUGUGGAGAAUUGGAACAUCCAAGAAAAAUAAUCCCGAACCUCUCUGGGAUAAAGCAAGAGGAACUGCUUUUCACUCCUUGUCCAACUACAAGAUCUCACUUAUUCAGGAUGCUAUUCCUGAUUUCUGGAAACUAAACUAUGAGUUCUUUACGAAUGAACAUAAUCUGGCAGUUCUCAAGGCCAUGGAGCACCUUCAAGAUGAGAUCAUCAAAUAUGAGCACGUAAAUCGUCGUCGAGUGACUACCGAUAAAAGAGCUGCAGUGCAUAAAUUUGAGAAGCUACUGGAGGUUUUCCCUCAGGUCAUAUUUAAAGGGAUGUUAUCUCAUCAUCAGUUACCUGGUGCUGCCCUUUUAACUCUCAAUUUUACUCCAAAGGACAUACUUAAUAAAGGGAAAACUAAGGAUUUGCCUAGAGUUCAUUCUGCUUUCGAGCAAGCUUUUGUGGAAAUUGCAGAAUCUAUGUAUAUGUCAAGAAACAUAGUGGUAGCUCUUCUUGCCUUGCAGUCAUGGAAGUCAUUUGUUUCCAACUGGAUGCAAGCAGUUGUGGCAUUGCUUGACAUUAAAGAGUCGUCGAAGUUGAACAAAGCAAUGAAAGCCGCUAAUGAUAUAUUUAAGAUUCUGUGUGAUCAAGUUCCAGUAUCUACUCCUCAAGUUGCUGCUAACAUAGCUCUUGUUAUUGGAGCACUCUGCUUGAUUGUUCCGCCAACUGCUCAUUUGGUAGUAUCUUCGGCAUCAGAUUUUCUUUUAAAAUGGUUGCUUCAAUACGAGCAUGAGCACCAGCAAUGGUCAGCAGCUCUCUCUCUUGGACUAAUAUUCAAUUGUUUUCAUCCUACGGACAAAAAGAGCAGACUUCAGGUUAUUAAUGGGUUUCUUGAGGUUAUCUCAAAAACUGAAAGCUGUCUUGUAAAAGGAGCUUGUGGACUGGCAUUAGGCUAUGCUUGCCAUGGUCUUUUGACAAGAGCACAUAAUGCUACUGAUUCAGAAGUAGAGGUUAUUACACAACUCAAUGAGCGUGCAUCAGUUGAGGAUAUUCUUCAUGCUUUGGUUACUUCAUUAAUUCAACUAUGUCCGUCCUCAUGCUAUUCUCUGAAGAAGCUUAGUAUAUAUGGGAUAUCCUCCAUGGGAGGGAUGGAAGAAAAUAUUCAUAGCAUCAGCGAUGAUCCUUGGGCUAUUGCUGGACUUGUUAUUGGUCUGGGAAACUCUGUUGUUGCUCUGUAUGGACUUGGAGCUUAUGAAGCAGUUACUGAAGUCAAGGACAUAUUGAUAUCAUGGAUACCAAAUGUUGAUUCGAACUCUGCAUUAUUUGAUGAAAUAGAUUUAGUAUCACUAUGUAUGGGUUCAUGUCUUGCUCUUCCAUCUGUCGUCGCUUUUUGCCAAAAAGUGGAGCUGUUGAAUGACGACUUGGAUGCAUUGUUCAAUCGCUACACUUCUUUAGCUUCUGAGCUCCGGAAUCUGAAUAAAUCUGGGAUUAUCUUUCAGAAUUUGUUGAUGGCAAUCUGUAUUGGUGCUGGAUCUUUUCUGUCUUCUAUAUUGGAUGAUGGGGUGCAUGCUAUGGAAUUUAAUGGUGUUAAAAGCCUUCUGGACACUCUCAGACAUAUAUAUACCCACCCUUUUCCUCCCCUUGUUCAUUUGGGGGGCAUGUUUGGUGUAGUCAACGCUUUUGGUGCAGGCGCAGGGGAUCUUACUGGGGUGUUUUCAAAGCCUAUGACUUCUCAAAUCAAACAUGAGGAGUCAUCUUUUGUGAGAGGUUCAUUACUGACAAGCCCUGUUGGUGAGACUCUGUCAACAUCAAUGAUUCAGGAAAUAUUUCUUCUUGCUAAGGAUGCUAAAGAUAAGCACAUACAAGAUUAUGCUGCAUGGGCUAUUUCAUUUCUCAGAAGCAGGUGGUCAAAGGAUCAGAAUCAGAUUCUUUAUGAGGACAAUGGUUCUAAUAGAAGUUCUGUUGAUCGUGAUCAAGCUUCAAGUUUUUCUGAACAAAGCUUAGUUUGGAACUUAAGUCUCUGGUUGAGUGAUCUAAAAUUUGAAAAGUCUGGUGAUGUGGUGCCAAUAAGUACAGUUGGAACAGUUUUAAAAUGCCUUUCCAAAGCUCCUCGAUUGCCAACUACAGACUGGGGAGCUAUUGUACGGCGGUGCAUCAAAGUUGAGGCACAGAUUCCUCAUAAGUUAACCAAUCAGGAAGAUCCUAAGUUACUAAAGGAAGCAUGCUUACAUUUUACUCUAGCUCAUGCUGCUCACAUAAGCCCCCUUCUGCAGUUUUUGGAUGAUCUGACUGACAUUCUCAGAUUUCAGAGAUUAGAUAUAAAUGUUCAGUCUAUUUUGCUCCAACAUUUGUCACACCUAAUGAAGCUCUUCUCUGAUUCAAGAUUGGAUAAACUUUAUGAGGAUUUUACUGAAUACUUGUAUUCCCCCACCUCUUCAUACUUGAAUUACUCAUCUGAACAGAGAAGCAUGCUAAGAAUGUCGUUCUGGGAAGGCAUUUAUAUGUGCCUGGUGGAGGUUUCUGAAGAAUCUGGUGGUUCUUCAUUCAUUAAAAAAUGCAUUGAGUGCUUGUUGCCUCUUUUGACACUCCACAGUGAUGGUCUUCCUGAAUUCAUGAAAGAGUGGUCUGCUGCUGUCAGGUGUCUUACCAAUGCCCAGAAAAAUUGGCUGGAUGAUAUGUUGCAGAUUCGCAAUACUGCCUUAGUCAAUGAAGGAAAUGUUGAUGUGGCAAAAAAGAUUAUCCUCAGAGCAAGAUUGUGUGCAACUGGUUGUGGUUCAGCACAUGAGCUGGGAAAUAUAAAGACGGCAAUAUUGUGUACAAAAGCUGAUGGUGUCUGGUGGAGUGUCCUUGUUGAGAUCACUGCAGCCUUAAACUCAGCCGAAAACAGCAUCAAAAGGCAGUGGCUUCUGGAUGCAUUAGACAUUGGCUGUGUUACAGCUCAUCCCUCAACGGUGCUGCGUUUUGUUGGCUUGUUAUGUGGUAGCUGCUGCAUCUAUAUGCCACUUCUCGUUGUUAAUUCGAUAAAUGUACUGAGCGACUUGCCUGUCACCCUGCCUUCCUUUCUCUCCACCAGCAUUUCGGAUGAUUUCAGGAACUCUGUGGCAGACAGGCUAUGGUUGUUGACCACUAACAUCUAUACUUGGGCUGAAGAAUUGGCUCACGGACAUGGCCAACCUGGACAUGAUCAUAUUCAUAGAAGUGAAGCUGAGAUUGCGACUUUUUUAGCCAAUAUUCUGCGCUCUACAUGCAUUGCAGUCGAGGACUACCUGUCUGUUGAUAAGCAGCUAAAGCUUGCAAAUCUUGAGGCGCUCUAAUUAAAGGGAAAUGUGUUUUCUUUUGUAUUUUAUGUGUGUAUAUGUGUGUAUUUGUGUACAGUAUCAGUCAUGUUUCAAUAGUUGAUGUCCCUGCUGAUAAUUCAGCAAUGUUUUUUUUUUCAUGUAUAUAAUUAGUUUAACUAUCUCACCUUAUGCACUAAAACAAAUCUGUUCUUCAAAGAUUGAAGUAUGACCUAUGAAAUAAUAUUGUUGUGUACACUAUGUC